CAGCCGUCCCCUCCCCUUUCCUCCCGCCUGAAACAUGAUCCAGCUGAAGGACGGAUUGCAGGAAAACUUGGCAGCUCCCCAGCCUUGGUGGCCCAGGGAGUGUGAGGCUGCAGCCUCAGAAGGUGUGAGCAGUGGCCGCGAGAGGCAGGCUGGCUGGGACAUGAGGUUGGCAGAGGGCAGGCAAGCUGGCCCUUGGUGGGCCUGGCCCUGAGCACUCAGCAGCACUCCUACGCGUGGGAAGCUCGCUAUGCCGCUGUGGGUCCAGCAGGCGCUGCUCGCCUUGCUCCUCCCCACACUCCUGGCACAGGGAGAAGCCAGGAGGAGCCGAAACACCACCAGGCCCGCUCUGCUGAGGCUGUCAGAUUACCUUUUGACCAACUACAGGAAGGGCGUGCGCCCUGUGAGGGACUGGAGGAAGCCAACCACCGUAUCCAUUGACGUUAUUGUCUAUGCCAUCCUCAACGUGGAUGAGAAGAAUCAGGUGCUGACCACCUACAUCUGGUACCGGCAGUACUGGACUGAUGAGUUUCUCCAGUGGAACCCUGAGGACUUUGACAACAUCACCAAGUUGUCCAUCCCCACAGACAGCAUCUGGGUCCCGGACAUUCUCAUCAAUGAGUUCGUGGAUGUGGGGAAGUCUCCAAAUAUCCCGUACGUGUAUAUUCGGCAUCAAGGCGAAGUUCAGAACUAUAAGCCCCUUCAGGUGGUGACUGCCUGCAGCCUCGACAUCUACAACUUCCCCUUCGAUGUCCAGAACUGCUCGCUGACCUUUACCAGCUGGCUGCACACCAUCCAGGACAUCAACAUCUCUUUGUGGCGCUUGCCAGAAAAGGUGAAAUCCGACAGGAGUGUCUUCAUGAACCAGGGAGAGUGGGAGUUGCUGGGGGUGCUGCCCUACUUUCGGGAGUUCAGCAUGGAAAGCAGUGACUACUAUGCAGAAAUGAAGUUCUAUGUGGUCAUCCGCCGGCGGCCCCUCUUCUAUGUGGUCAGCCUGCUGCUGCCCAGCAUCUUCCUCAUGGUCAUGGACAUCGUGGGCUUCUACCUGCCCCCCAACAGUGGCGAGAGGGUCUCUUUCAAGAUCACACUCCUCCUGGGCUACUCAGUCUUCCUGAUCAUCGUUUCUGACACACUGCCGGCCACUGCCAUCGGCACUCCUCUCAUUGGUAAGGCCUCUCCUGGUAGCAGAGCUCAGUCUGGUGAGAAACCCACCCCCUCCCACCUCCUGCAUGUGUCUCUUGCCUCUGCCCUGGGCUGCACAGGUGUCUACUUUGUGGUGUGCAUGGCUCUGCUGGUGAUAAGUUUGGCCGAGACCAUCUUCAUUGUGCGUCUGGUGCACAAGCAAGACCUGCAGCAGCCCGUGCCUGCUUGGCUGCGUCACCUGGUUCUGGAGAGAAUCGCCUGGCUGCUUUGCCUGAGGGAGCAGUCAACUUCCCAGAGGCCCCCAGCCACCUCCCAAGCCACCAAGACUGAUGACUGCUCAGCUAUGAGAAACCACUGCAGCCACAUGGGAUGUCCCCAGGACUUGGAGAAGAGCCCCAGGGACAGAUGUAGCCCUCCCCCGCCACCUCGGGAGGCCUCGCUGGCGGUGUGUGGGCUGCUGCAGGAGCUGUCCUCCAUCCGGCAAUUCCUGGAAAAGCGGGAUGAGAUCAGAGAGGUGGCCCGAGACUGGCUGCGCGUGGGCUCCGUGCUGGACAAGCUGCUAUUCCACAUUUACCUGCUGGCGGUGCUGGCCUACAGCAUCACCCUGGUUAUGCUCUGGUCUAUCUGGCAGUACGCUUGAGUGGGUACAGCCCAGUGGAGGAGGGGUACAGUCCUGGUUAGGUGGGGACAAAGGAUUUCUGCUUAGGUCCCUCAGGACCCAGGGAAUGCCCGGGACCUUUUCAAAACAGACAAAGUCCCAUGCCCUGUUUCCAAUGCCAAUUCAUCUCAGCAAUCCCAAGCCAAGGUCUGAACCCUUCCACCAAAAACUGGGUGUUCAAGGCCCUUACACCCUUGUCCCACCCCCGCAGCUCACCAUGGCUUUAAAACAUGCUCUCUUAGAUCAAGAGAAACUCGGGCUCUCCGUAAGUCCACUCUAUUUGUGAACUUUUCCCCAUUGACCCUCCCCUGAAUAAGGGACUUUGGAAUUCUGCUCCUCUUUCACAACUUUGCUUUUAGGUUGAAGGCAAAACCAACGCUCUACUACACAGCCCUGAUAACUCUGUACUAGGCUUCUCUAACCCCUAAUGUCUUUUUUUUCUUCACCUCACUUGUAGCAGCUUCCCUGAACACUCAUCCCCCAUCAGAUGAUGGGGGUGGGAAGAAUAAAAUGCAGUGAAACCCUAAA